UUGUUGUAUGGGUAUAUGAUGUAAAAAGGUAAUGUUAUGGUAUUUAAAAGAAUGCUUUUCGGUUGGCUCCUAAUCCUAAGAAGCUUUGCUGCGAUUUUGAUCGACUGUUGUCUUGCAUCGGCGCAUGGCAUAUUAUCUAUAGAGAUUCUCCGUCCCAAGAACCUAGUCUACAGUGAUCAUCUUUUUCCCUUUUCUGGUUUCUUCUCAAUACUUUUUCGUCUUCGUUUCUUUGUUUCUUCGUGGCUCGAUGUUGAGAUCUCGAGUCUCCAAUUACUGGAGGCCAUAUUGCUAAACAUUAGUACAGGCUUUCGAUUCUAUCUUCCUCAAUGAAAAUAUAUAUCUCAGUGGCCCAUGUCAAUUCCAAAUCAUCUAGACGAGUAAGAAAAUGUCCAGGUUGGUGGUAGCUGAAGCAAACAGAAGGGGCGGAUUCCACACAUGAUCUGGGCAAGGUUCGUUCUUUCCAGCUUCGAAGUUGCUACCCAAACAUGUCCUCUUCUGGCGGCCAUCUUCUCUCUCAUGCGAAGAUUCCACGAGGAGAUUCCCAGCCGAAGCAACCAUGGGCUGGUUUGAUAGUUUCUCGUUCUUGCAAUCGCUAUACGGUGGUCAGAGAUCUCGCAGCCACAUCCCUCGUCCACAAUCCGAUGAUGCUGUUCCUCUUCGCCGGGAUUCAACAACUGAAGCGAACCGUGGUAUAAGUUCGACCUCUCCAUCUCAUUCCAACGUUGAUACUACGAGCUAUAUCGCCAACGGCGACGAUGAGUCCACGACUCUCGAACAUUGGAUCGUGCCACCAGAGCAUAUCGAGCAGUCACAGGCAGACGUCGAGGUCUCCAAUAACCCGAGAGCUGUCAAUAGUGCUUGCCCCGAUCCACAUGUGCCAUCCUCUGAGUUGAGGCAAUCGAAAAGAUUAUCAAGGGGAUUGGCGGGAUUCAUGACAUUUUUCCGUCGUAACAAAGCUCGGCAUGACCUCUCGAUUUCGAUCCCGGCUCAUAAAUCUCGACGGCCUGCCAUCAGCAGUAUCUUGUUUAAAGACGAUGGGGUUAAUGGGACUACAGGAGACACUUGUGAUGCAGAAGAUACUCGUCUGCAUACGCAACAUAGUCAACGGGUUGGUCAUCACGGUGUGGAAUGUCUAGCCGACGAUGCAUCCCGGAAAGUCAGCGAUCAAACUAUCCUCUCAGAAGAGUCUGCCCGUACAAGUGCAACUGUCAGUCACCAUCCAUUGAAGCGUACGCCCCAUCCGGUAACAACGGGAUACCCGAACUACGUGUAUGAGAAACCGUUUGAUGGGAUUCAAGGAAUCUCAUCCUCUGUGAUAGAACCAACCCCCUCAGGGCCGUCGAAAUGCACCGUCGGCUCUAUGAAGCUGUCUAGCUCGGAAUGCAGUGACGAUGAAUCCCAGAUAAUAUAUCGUGCGGCUACAAUUCCAGAAGAACUUCGGCAUCAUACACCUCGGAAUCAUCCUUUCAUUCCGACAAGCACUCCACGUGAAACCUCACGCCGCGAAGUUUCUGAGGGUAGCACCGUGUCCAGUUUAUUUGAUCAGAGAGAAGCUGCUGUUGCGUUCAACAGAGUAGCUGAAAGAUUGGGUCUGCAACCUCUGAAACUAGACGGCGACGAUGUUCGGACUGUUUUCACCCAGUCAAACAUUGCUCCCGAGGAAACCCUGCCCAGACAUCGGGAAAGGUUUCUUGGUAAGAUUCGAACAAUGCGGUCAAACAUGAGCAUGAAAACUCCUCCAGAUUCUUCUGAACGAACCUUGCGCCGUAUUAAGACCCUUGCCAAUAUCUCUUCUCGUCCUCUUCCGAUGACGUCCCUGAAAGGAAGAUCGUUAGAAACUCUUGCACGCCUAGGAGGACAUAGUUUUCUCACGCUACCUGCAGACUUCGUGCCAACUACGCUUAAACUGCCAGUGUGUUUUGUAGCAACGGCCACAUUCUUGAGAUGCCACGCCCCAGGUGUACGAAAUGUGUUCCUUGACAAAGGUAGCACGAGGGUGGCCACGAACAUAUAUGAUCAUUUUGCAAAUCAAGUCCUGUCUGCGGAAAAGGAAAAUGACACGAUUCAGAUGACAAUGAGAGGGUCCGACAUGCCUCCUGACUUGAUCGUGCUAAACAGAAGCUCCAGAGCUAAAGAUACCUCUCAAGUCCAGGCAGUAGCCUGUGUGUUCAAGUCUUUGCUAGCCGGACUUCCUGGAGGCGUCUUAGGUUCUGUGACAUUAUACAAUGCUUUGGUUGGCAUUUCUCGUCGACCCUUCUCUGAAUCGGAAUUCAAUGACGGCAAAAGCUACCUCGGGGGGCUGACUCCUGCUUCAUCGGCAAAGGUUCAUGCAAUUACGCUGGCGGUCUUAGCGAUGACGAGUGAAAUGCAACUUGAGCUCAUCUGUGCAGUUUUUGGCCUCUGCACAGUAUUACUGUAUGAAACUAAGAGGGUGACUGAAUUUCAGAGGUUGGCAGGCAGUACCCAAAAUCAUCGUCCAGUUCCCCUCAGUGGACUGUUGGAUUUGAAUCGGCUGAGCCAUUUUUUUGGUCCGGUGCUGAUAGACCCUGAGAAUGAAUUGCAAGCUUCAUCUACUGGGAGUGCAAAAAAGGCUGAGUGUGAGACAGUGACAAGAAUGCUCAUCGAAAAUUGGCGUAAUGUCAGUAGACUUUUGAAGGUGUGGGCAGCGCUUGGCUAUCCUGCAAGACGGGCUGCUGUGCCAUGGACAACUUGUAACGAUAAAGGAGCGCAAUACCUAUAAUUACGUGGGGAAAACUUCAGACUGUUUUAGUUUCUAUAGUGGUGAUUGAGGUUAUCCAGUUAUGUUCAGUCGACCGUUGAUAGAGACGAAUACUUGGAAUAAGCUUAGGAAAUACAAAGGGAAUUCUGCA